AUGUCGACCACUGCCACCACCACCGUCACAGCACCCCAGACCUCCGAGUGCAUCACUAACAUCACAGAAGAUGCUGACUUUGCCACCAUUUCCUACGCAAAGCUGCGCAAUGCUGAUGCCGACGAGUUGGUAGCCCUCCGCAAAGCCUGCGAGCAAGACGGGUUCUGGUAUCUUGAUCUUCGUGAUGAGAACGAAGUUUCAGGCGUCGUGGUGCAGGACGUCCAUGAGGUUUACAAGAUUGCUGGGGACUUUUUUGCACUGGAUGACGAUGAGAAGAUGGCAUACGACAUAGACCUGAUCAAUGCUUGGAAACUGAACGGCUAUACACCGUUUGGUCGAAAUGCUGGAUUGCGCGGAGAUAACAAGAAGUUUGGUGUAGAAGCAUACUCGCUUCCCAGGGACAACAUGUGCAACCCAAUUCCUGGAGAAGCUCAAUGUCUUCUGCCACCCGCUUUUCAGGAGAAUUCAGCCUUCCUCACAGAAUUCAUGAACCAGUUGCACAAUAUCGGAUUGGACAUGCUGAAGUCGCUGGACUAUAAUACAAGAGGCAGGAGCUCAGACUGGCGCGAGAAUGGAUUGGCAUCAGUGCACCGACCUUUUAAGCCUUCCACCACCUGUAUGACCAUUGGACGCUAUCCGUACCUGUCUUCGGAGAGUUCGAACGCCGGUCUUGCCGCCCAUACAGACGUUGGUAGCCUGACCAUUCUGUUUUGUGGCGACCGUGGCCUGCAAGCGUUUCGCCCAACCACAGGUCGAUGGCAGUACCUUGAAGCCAAGCCGGGCUGCGCCGUUAUAAACAUCGGGGACUCUCUUCGAUUUCUCUCGGGCAAGACGUUCAGUUCUGCUCUCCAUCGAGUUAUCCCAUACCCAGGGACAGUCAUUGAAAAUCGGUUCUCGUGUGCGUAUUUCAUCCGCCCUGAACUGGACGCAGGGUUCGUCGACGAGAACGGCAAGCGCUGGAAGAGCAUUGACUGGCAUACCAAGAAGUACAAGGGGUAUCGCCAGGCGGGGAAGAUGGAUUAG